CCUACUUCUUACUGCCCACGUAAAUCUUUACUCUUCCGUAACGACCUUUAUUGGAAAUAGAGAAAAGGAGAAACGUAGAUGACACUGGAAACAGUACUUCUGUAACGUGAACGUGUUCACGUUUGACACAAUUCCUAUUCAUGCGACUGGGCACCGCAGAGAAGUUCGGACCGGAUGUACGAAGAAGAACUGGAGACAGUAUACCAGAUCAGUGUCCUCGCAUUUGUCUUGUGGCCAACAAUCUACUCAACCUGGCAGUGCUGGUGUCUCCCGACGGCGAUUUCCAGCUUACGCUGCAGGUGCUUUGCAAUGACGUUCCCCUGCGCGCCGUCUCGCUGGUGGACCCCGCCACGGGCCUCCCCAACCUUCGCUUCGUGGCGCCCGCUCCCGGGGGCCGCCUCACCAUGCGGCUCCACAACGGCGGCAUGGAGGAGGGCUGCACCUUCAAGAUGCAGCGCGCCGAGCUCGCGCCCACGGACUCCUGGGAGAAGGGCGAGGCCGGGGUCGUGAACAUGGUCAGCGUGCUCUACCACCUCACCAGCACGACUGUGCUCCGCGACGAGAGCACGGGCGGGCGCGCCAUGCUGGUGGAGUCGCUGCGGGACGCGCAGGGCCGCGCCGUCGGCGAGGAGGACGCGGAGAGGCUGGGCCUGGCGCGCACCAAGUGGCGGCUGGGGCUGUGGCCGCGGAAGGGCGCCCCGCGGCUGGACGGCUGCGAGUGGCGCCUGCUAGGGGCGCAGCAGGGCGGAGAGGCGCCGCUCUUCGUGCGGACUCCCUCGGGCGAUGCCGUCGUGUCCGCGUGCCCCACCGAGUCCAUCGAGUCGCUCAAGGCCACCAUCGAGCAUGAGCUGCGCAUUCCCCGCGCCGAGCAGCGGCUGCGCGCUGCGGACGGCGCCUGCCCUGAAUGGGUGGCCGACGUGCUGGCCAAGGGCUUCCCUACACUGUACGUGUGCGGCAAGCUGCGUCUGGGGACCCACCUCUGGCUGUACGUGCACCAUCCCAAGGGAACCAAGUUCGUCGUGACCAAGUCCACGCGCACCGUGCAGAGCGUGUUGCGCGGGGUGCUGGGCGUCCCCAGCGAGCUGCACGGUCUCUACCUGGACGGCAGGCAGCUCCAGGGCGACCGGCCUCUGUGCCACUACAACGUGGCGUGCCUCGACACCCUCGACUUGCGCGAGUGCGGCUCGCUGCGGAUCAGUGUCGCCGUGGAGGGCGCCUCCGCCCACAGCUACUACCCCGAGACGGUGGAGGUGGGCGUCGACCCCGAGGACACGGUCGCGGUACUCCGUAAGAGGGCCAUCUGCCGUCUCACCUCGCAGCCUUGGAAGCAGGAGAGCCUAGACCGGAACGAUGCCUGCGCGCUCUACUCUGGGGACGAGGAGCUGCAGAGGGAUUGCACCUUGGCCGAGUGCGGCAUAGGCACACCCUCCAUGAAGGCAGACCUGUUGGUUUUGCGGAUUCCAAUGCCAGCCCCUAGCUCGAAGGUGCAACUCUUCGUCAGGACACUCCUUGGCGAGACCUUUGAACUGCAGUGCUUCGACUGGAACACAACCGUUGAGGGCCCUUUGAGUGUUCAGAGAAGCGCAGACGGCGAAAACAGCACCUUGUUUGCCCUGUGCGACUCGUACUGGUUUGGCGCGGUGAAGAUGGACGUAAUGGAAAAAUCGGGCGUUCCUCCAGAUCAACAGAGACUUAUAUGGAAAGGGCGACAGCUGGAGGACUGCCGCUCCCUCCGGUCCCUCGCCAUGAGCAAAGAGGAGCUCUUGCACUUGGCUCUCCGUCUCAGGGGCGGUGGAGAUGAAAAACUAGCAGUGGGCAAAAUUGUGUCCGGAGAAGUAGUCCCUGCCCCGGAAGCCAGCCCGUGCAGAUUUCCUGCGGACUCAACGUGUGGCAGCCCGAAGCUACAGUUCGACGUCUUCGUCGAUGAAGACCUCCCCAGUCUUCCUUAGACGAGCAGUUUCAAAGCCGGACUGCAUGCGCGGACACAAGCAUACUUGAACUUUCCAUGAUUUUUAUAUUUUUACUUGACCUUGCUCUUGAUUGUACAUUUGUAUCGUUUUUAUUAUCCCUAUUGAUAUGUUGAAUUUACCUUUGCCUAACCUUUGCCUAACCUAACCACCCUUAGAUGAGCAGUUUCAAAGCCCGACUGCAUGCGCGGACCCAUUCGUACUUGAACUUUCCAUGAUUUUUAUAUUUUUACUAGACCUUGCUCUUGAUUGUACAAUUGUAUCGUUUUUAUUAUCCAUAUUGAUAUGUUGAAUUUA